AUGGAGAUUGCCAGGAUCAGGCAAUUGAUGCUCCUAUGGUGUGGAAUUAGAAGCACCCGUGUUGCCCUCGUGGGUGGAAACCACACCGCUUCUAGGAACGAAACCAAGAUGAAAGGUGUUGGGAUCGGAUUGAAUUCCGCUACCCUUUUGAUCAUUAAGGUCCCGGAUUCGCGGUUUUUGCGUCUUAUGUCACGAUCACUGUUCUUGGCUAUUGUUAUUCUGACAUUGCCCUCAAUUAUGUCUAUUAUCAGGGGAUCUUCAAGUGCUUUCUAUGACUCUGAUGUUGGCUAUGAUGUGAUUGAUUUCGACUUGUUGCCUUUUGUUUUUCGUGAUUUGGCCGACGAAGGCCUUCUUAAAAAAGGCCUUAAGGGUCUCAUUUUGAGUUCUGCCAUUGGUGAUCCUGAAGAAAUUUCGCAGUUCUUAGUUGAUAACGAUAUUAGUUUGGUUAUUGGAUCUGAUUUGGGCCGCCAAAGCUUGAUUCCAAAAGAGACAUUUGAUUUUGUGUUCACACCCAGCUUUCAGGAUGCUAAAUUUUUAGACCGGGUUCUCAAGAUUGGUGGCAUUGUUGUUAUGCAAUUGAGCAAUGACCAUCCAGAUAAGUUUCAACAGCAAGCAAACUAUAAAAUUGUGUAUAUUCGGAGAUUUGAUUCGACUGUGGUAGCAAUGAGGAAAAUUGAUGUGGUGGAUGGCUUAGCGAAAUCCCCAACAAAGCAGAGACUUUGUGGGAUCACAGAAGAGGCCAAGAAAGCGGCAUUGGGGGGUCUAGAGGACGUAUUGCUCGAGCCACCAAGACAAGCAUUAGCAAAAUCGAGCAAUGGCUCAAGGAAAAUCAAGUUCCUCCCCAAUUUGUUGGGGGACUCACUUGAAAGCUAUCAGCGUCGGAUUUUCAUUUCAGAUGAAAAAGCAGGAGUUCUGGAAUGGUUUCAUGAAAAUUAUCCGAUGGGAAAUCAGCAAUUUGAGAUUUAUAAUUUGGAGUUUGAUAUGUAUGAAGCGGACAAGGUAGACAAAGGAUCAUUAAGCAGAAAUUCGCCUCAGACAAUUGGGGUGUCUGAGUGGUUGAUGAAGAAUGUAAAGGAAGAGGACUNUAUGUAUGAAGCGGACAAGGUAGACAAAGGAUCAUUAAGCAGAAUGGCGCCUCAGACAAUUGGGGUGUCUGAGUGGUUGAUGAAGAAUGUAAAGGAAGAGGACUAUGUUGUGAUGAAGGCAGAAGCACAAUUGGUAGAGGAGAUGAUAAACAAGAAGACAAUAUGUUUGGUGGAUGAGCUGUUUUUAGGUUGCAAGAACCAAUGGCAAGAGGAUGGGGUAGAAAAUGAGAGUAAGAGGGCUUAUUGGCAGUGCUUGGCAUUGUAUGGAAGGCUGAGAGAUGAGGGGGUUGCAGUGCACCAAUGGUGGGGCUAA